CUCCUGAGCGCUAGCUACCGUGUGUGCUGCUAGUAAGCAUGACCUCAUGGGCUUUUCUACUUGAGCAAAUAGUAGUCUUCCUGUUUUCUCUGAAGGAUACUGAUUUCAUAUUGACCAGAGAAAAUAGCAAAUUGGAGAAAAUCAGAUGAAGCUCUGAGAGAGUGGCAACUUUCUUCUACAGAAGGUAUUGGUGACUAAUGGUGAAGAUGCUUUGCUGAACAACCUGAAGACACUGAGGAUUGGUGAAGUGACAUAAAAGAAAUUCUCUUUGAAUUCUGGAGCUCAAGUGUAAUGGGAGCUACAGGAAUAUGUCUUGCUGCACACUGCAUUGUCUUAUGCCUCCUCCAGAUGACAGCACUGAGUUCAGAACGGUUCACAGUGACUGGCUUACAGAGGCCAGUCUUGGCUCCAUUGGGUGGAGUCCUAGAUCUCAGUUGUCAGUUGUCUCCACCACAACAAGCACAGCACAUGGAGAUUCGCUGGUUCCGGAACCACUAUACACAGCCUGUGCACCUCUACAGGAACGGUAAAGACCUGCAUGGAGACACCAUCUCCAAGUAUGUGGAGCGGACAGAACUUCGGAAGGAUGACAUUGGAAAAGGGAAAGUGACCCUCAGGAUCUUCAAAGUGACUGCUGCUGAUGAUGGGUCAUACCACUGCCUCUUCAAAGAUGGGGAAUUCUAUGAAGAGCACAUCACAGAAGUUAAGGUCACAGCCACAAGCUCAGACAUACAGAUUCUUAUGCAUCCCCCUAAUAUCAAAGGUGUGAUGUUGGAGUGCCAUUCAGGAGGUUGGUUCCCACAGCCUCAUGUGAAAUGGAGAGACAGCAAAGGAGAUGUCAUUCCAGCCACAUCAAAAUCACAUUCACAGGAUGAAAACAAAUUGUUCAACAUGACAAUGGCACUUCUUAUUAAAGCAGGCUCCCACCACAAUGUGACUUGCUACAUUCAAAACCCUCUAACUCACCAAGAAGAAAGCAUAAGUAUUGUCCUAUCAGGUGAACUGUUUUCAUGGAAAAUUGUUUGGAUAAUCAUUCUGAGUACAAUAGCAGUUGUGCUGGUAACCUUCUGUGUGACUUCCUGCAUUCAGCAACAUAUCAUACAUGGAAGCCACUGUGGGAGAAUCUAUUAUUGGUUAAAGGGUGUAAAAGUACUCCUGAUUUCAGUGAUUGCAAUCGCAGGAAUGAUGCUCAUUUUGCAUCUAAAACAAAGAGUCUCAGUUUCAGACCCACAUUUUGAGUUGGACACUUUGUGGUUGGAAGAUAUUAGUGUGGUCCUCUGUGUGCUGAUAGUGUUCAUCAUCAAGAUCAUUUCUUGUAUUGCCUUCAGAUUAGAAGAAAAUGAACAAAGUCCUAACUGUCCUGUUCAAUCUAUCCAACCAGAAAAGCAUCCCAGACAAACGAAGCAUCAGAAUGUAGUAAUAAACACAUCUAGUGGAAAUGACUCAAGAAGAGAAAGUGGAUAACUUGGGUGACAUCAAGACAUUAACUCUUUAAGCUAAGACUUUGGAGAAAUAAUAAAAUGGCUUUUCCUUUUCAUUGUUCCUAUGUUAACCAUACUUAUAAUCUCUUAUGCAUGCCUUGCAAGUGAGCAUUCCAUAUUGGCUUCUAUUACAGCUACUAUUUUCUUUUAAACAAUUUUGAAGAGGGAAGACAUAAAAGACAUGUAGAUAUUUGUGUCCACAGAUAAGCAUUAAGGAAGCCAGGAUAUUAAAUACACAAGGUUAUCUCCUCAAAGGGAGUUAUGCAUUACUGUUUUCCACCCAGAAGGCUGGGAGGGGAGUUGACCAACAGCAUGAUGAUCUCUGUG